AUGCACAGGCUCAUGCUCAUGAGGUUCAUCAUUGACGUGGACAAUUGUGAAAAUGUGAUAUCUGAGGUGGCUGUGCAGAAAUUGAAACUAACCACGGAACCCCACCCUGCUUCCUACAGUUUGGCAUGGUUGAAACAAGGUAAUGAAAUUUGUGUUACUAGUCAUGUGUUCGUAACUUUCUCCAUUAGCAGUGCGUAUCGUAAUAGUGUUUGGUGUGAUGUGGUGCCUAUGGACGCUUGUCAUUUGUUGUUGGGCCGUCCAUGGCAGUUUGAUAGGGAUGUGUGUCAUGAAGGGCGUCGAAACGUGUAUACAUUCACCUUUUCGGGUAAAAAAAUUGUACUACUACCCUCCGAAGAUGCUCAGUGUAUGUCUUCGGUAGGGGACAGUAGUAACUUACUUUCUCGAUCCUUGUUUGUACGUGAAAUGUUGGCAGAAGGUGUCGUCUUGUUAUUAGUCGGAACUGAAGUGACGGGAGUGUCGACAGUUCCUAUUACAAGUGAGGAGGCGGAUCUUCACCCUAAAGUAGCCACUUCAAUUUCUGAGUUUCAGGAUGUAUUCCCAGCUAACCUUCCACAGGGUCUUCCACUUUUGAGGGAUAUACAACAUCAAAUUGAUUUAGUACCCCGCGCAUCACUGCCUAACCGUCCACAUUAUCGAAUGAGCUCGGCAGAGCAUGAGGAGUUGAGGAGACAGGUAGAAGAGUUAGUGCAGAAGGGUUACAUCAAAGAAAGCCUCAGCCCGUGUGCAGUCCCCGCGCUUCUAGUGCCAAAGAAAGAUGGGAGUUAUCGGAUGUGCGUGGACAGCAGGGUCAUCAAUAAAAUAAUAGUUCGUUAA